UUUUUGCAUUGUCGAACGCAUUUCGAUGCUCGCGGAGAGAUGAUCUGCAUCGACUCUCUGCACAUCAGUCUUAAUCGAACUCUGCUACUUUCGAUUGGUCUGUGGCCUUAUCAGCAAUCGAAUCUCGUUCGAUUUCAAAUAGUCCUGCUUUUUGCUAUUUUGACGACCUGCAUUAUAUUUCAGUUUACAGCAUUUCUUACUUCAAAAUGUACACUGGAUCUUUUUAUUAAUGUUUUCUCUUCUGCAUUAUCUCUUCUUCUUUUUGUUAUUCAAUACACUUGGUUUCAUCGUAACAUUAAAAUUGUGAAGUGUUUGUUGGAGCAAUUGCUGAACAUCUGUAACGACUUAACGGAUGAAAAUGAAAUCAGUAUUAUGAAAGAAUAUGGCAGUUAUGCAAAACGUUACACGGUUGGAUUAAUGCUGAUUGUCAUAAUCUUUGUAUUCAUUCUAAUUUUGUAUCCAUUCUGGCCGCACAUUCUCGACAUCUUAUUAUCUACAAACGAGUCUCUAUCACGUCCUCCGCUGAGCGGGAUGUUUGUUACCGAGUAUUUUGUCGAUCAGAAAAAAUACUUCUAUUUGAUUUUAUUACACGGAAACGCGGCUCUAUUCAUAGGAAUAGCCACAGUACUAGCAACAGGAACCUUAUUGAUAGCUUAUCUACAGUAUGCCUGCGGAAUGUUUCGAAUCGCCAGAAUCGCUUGCAGUUAUCGCCUCAAGCAAGCAUUUGCAGUCGAUACUUUACGAAAGGGCAGUCUACAAAACAAGAAUGUGAUUUAUAAGGCAUUGAUUCAUGCUGUGGAUAUGCAUCGCGAAGCUAUGAGAUUUUCAGACUCAUCGAUAUCAAAAUUUAAAGUAAUGUUCUUCUUUAUGAUAGUAGUCGGAGUGAUCAGCGCAAGUCUCAAUUUUUUUCGACUCUUUCAGGCGCUGACAUUUAGAUAUGAUGCUGAGAGAUUUUUGUUACCUUUAUUAAGCGUGAUCACUUAUAUAUCGUACAUAUUUAUAGGCGAUUAUGUUGCACAAGAAGUUAUGGAUCACAAUAAUGAUGUAUUUGUCACUGUAUAUAAUAUUCAGUGGUACACAGCUUCCUUAAACAUACAAAAAAUGAUACUGUUCUUAUUGCAAAGAAGUACCAAGAUUUUCAGUCUAAAUAUUGCUGGAUUGAUUGUGGGAUCAUUGGAAGGUGCAGUUACGUUAUUGAGUACCAUACUAUCAUACUUUACUGUUCUGUACUCUAUACGGACUUGAUGCAAGAUGCGUCGAUUAAUAGUUUAAUCAAAUAACAAUAGUGGAAAUAGAUAGUUGAGUGAUAUUAAUUAUUUAUCUACAAAGUAGAUUAGUUAACCGAAUAAUGAAUAACACUGUAAUAAAUAUGUAAUUGCUAAAGAAAUAGAAAAGCAUAUAAAGUAACGAUGUUUACAAUAAAUUCUGGAAACAUGUACUCUUUAUCCGUAACAAACUAAUAAAGCAUAUAUGUCAUAUGGAGUAAGAUCGAGACACCUUAAAAUUGCCUCAUCGUAAACUAACAAAGGCAAUAGUAAUUCCGCCGAGAUAUCAAACUCUUUGUCUAGAAGUAUUCUAUGAGAAAUAUAAUAAACAUCCACAAAUGUCAUUGUGUAUGUGUGU